CGACCCUCGCAGGGGGCGUCUCGUAGAUACCCCACCACUCGAUGCCAAAGUAACUUUUGGAGGCGGAGUAUUGCCGGCGUUGUUGUUGUUCCGACCUGUCAAAGCUCCUUGUUUGGAAAUGAUUUGAAGAGGACUAACACUUCUAAUGGGGAUAUACUCUGAGGGAAUUCAAAUUUUUACUGGAACUUAAAUCACUACAAUGGGGAAGACCCUUCGCGUUGUUGUAAGUGGUAUGGCUGGAGUAGGAAAAACAGCCAUACUGGAACAAUUGAUCCAUGGAAACAUUACACCUUCAACAGAGUUGUAUCCAACUAUUGAGGACAUAUAUGUGGCUAGUGUGGAAACAGAUCGAGGGACACGGGAAAAAAUGCGACUUUAUGACACAGCUGGUUUACCACCACUGUCUGGCCCUAAUGCUGCAGUAAAUUCUGUUCAGCAGCAACAACAGCAACAGCUUGCUAAACAGUUACUAGGCCUGACAGAGGGCUAUGUUCUGGUUUAUGAUCCAGCUCGACCUGAAUCGUUUGAAUGCUUGCUUCCACUUAAACGAGACAUCGACAAAAAUAGGGACAAAAAGGAGGUUGCCAUAGUUAUUUUGGCAAAUCGCAUCAAGUCAAGCAAUACGAACUACUCGACAUCUCCUGGAGGUGGAGUGACAGCUCCUGCAAAUAUGACUGUUACUUCAUCCCUAAAUAAAGCCAAUAAUUGGGCAGUAAGAGAGCAUAUGAAGCAUUAUGAAGUCAACGCAAUGGAAAGAGCAUCACUUCUAGAGCCCUUUGUGUACUUGGCCACUAAACUAAGCCCGCCUCCAAAUAAAAGCUCCUUUCCUCAGCUUAGUAUGGUUAGAAAGUCAAUAUCAAGUCGCCCAGAUACUGCCUCUUAA